UUUUAUACGCUGCUUUUCUCGCUCUCCAAACACCCCCUCCUUCGCUACUUGAUCCAAACUUUCCUUUCUUCAACUGCACCUUGAUUCUUCUCUUCCCGAUACUUUCGUCCUUUUUUUUUUUUUGACCUGGGAGAAAGAAAAUUGUUCACCGUUUCUGCGUUUUUAUUUUUCUUGUGAAUGGUAUUUUGCGGAGAAUGAUUUUCUUUUGGAAUCUAAUAGCAUGUUCUCUGUCAUUUCUCUCCUGAUUCGUGUUCUGUUUCAGUUUCCAAGUACUUUGGCUGAGUUUAUUUAAUUCUUUCACUGAAGAAUCAGAGAUUUCAACCCGGGCCUACUCUACUAUUUGCUCUCAGUCUGCACAGAAGCACGGUGAAGAGAAAAUGAGUGAAACUGCUAACUCUACUACCUGCAGUUUCAGUACCAUUGCAGACUCUGAAACUGUUGUUCAAGUAAACCGGUUAGGUUCAUUUAACAAUGGUAGCACGCCCAAGGCUAGAAAACCUUACACAAUUACAAAGCAAAGAGAAAAAUGGACAGAUGAAGAGCAUCAAAGGUUUCUUGAGGCAUUAAAGUUAUAUGGUCGUGGCUGGCGUCAAAUAGAAGAACAUGUAGGUACAAAAACUGCAGUUCAAAUUCGAAGCCAUGCUCAAAAGUUUUUCUCCAAGGUGGUUAAGGAGUCUUGCUCUGAGAGCUCAAUUAAACCAAUUGAUAUACCGCCUCCUCGACCAAAGAGGAAGCCUGUCCAUCCUUAUCCUCGUAAAUCAAGUGUUUCAUUAAAAGGUAGAGCCAUACAAGCAGAAAGAAUUGUAUCCCCAAAUCUGUUGGCUUCAGGAAAGGAAACUCAAUCUCCUACUUCAGUUUUAUCUGCUGUUUCUGAGCAGCGUAAUGAAUGCUCUUCACCUUCUUGUACUAGCGACAUGCAUUCUAGUAGCUUCCUAUCAAUUGACAAAGAGAAUGAGUAUGUGACGUCCAGUUUAUCUCCAGAACAGGAGAAAAUAUCAUCCACGAAAUUGGAUUCGUGUUCCAAGAUCCCUUCGUCAUCACUAGGAGAUGCAGCUGCUGCAGCAUCGUAUAUGCACAUUAAGCUUUUUGGAAAGACAGUUUUGGUAACAGAUGCCCAGAAAUCAUCCCCAGGUGUGAAGAACAACAAAUUCCCAACAUCCCAGACUCAUGAAGAGAAUCUUGAUACCGAUAAUAUAAAUCUUAUUCAGACUUUUCAGUCAAAGCAAUUAGACACACAUUUAUCUCUUGGAACUGGAGCAGUUAAUAAAAAUAUGAAUUGGUUGCCAGCUGAGAGACCGGUUGUUCAUUUCAUGGAUUGUGAUGGAGAGAGAACCUUUGUGGAAGCCACUGCUGAUUCUCCUCUGGAGUCAAUUACUCAGUACCAGGCUUUACCCUCUUUUAGUCUAACGUUAUCUAACCAAAUGCACCUCCACUCACCUGUAAGUUUUUGUGGGGAUGAAAACUUCAAAGAGAAGCGAAAUCUGAAUGGAAAGUCUUGUGCUAAUUCAGUUGCUGGGUUGGAAAAUAGGGAGAAGAAUUCAGAAAGUGAUUCUCAGUGUAUAAAACCACAUUCUCGCAAUUGUUCGAAGGGAUUUGUACCAUACAAAAGAUGCUUUACGGAGAGAGACAUGAAAUCUUGUGUGAUGGGAUCAGAAGAACAGGAUGGGCAAAGGGCCCGUGUAUGCUGAUGGUGCGCAUUAGUUCCUUCCAUGCGUUUUGGUAAGGAGCCGACACAGGUAAGUAUUGUGACAAUGGUGAACAAUGUUGCAGAUGACGCUUGAAAAAGCAUGGAACUCUUUGUCAUAGCUCUCAAAAUUGCCAAUUUUCUUUUGUUUAGACAAGAAGAUGCUGGGAUGAAGAUGCUUCAAAUCUGGGGUUGGUGAAUGGACCAACUCCCAAACAUACUGAUAGAAUUAAUUGAUUUUUGAAAUUUAGCUCGUCCUAAUUUUUUUUUUUA